CGUGAAUGUGGCGUGUGUUGUUUGGACUAUCGUGAGUCGUAAAUAAAAAUGCUUGCAAUAUGUUGAUAUUUCUUGUUAUUAGUGAUCUUCAUGUAUAAUAAAAUAGAAGUACAUCAAUGGACCUUAAACGGAUGACAAAAUCUUAAUGUGAGAGGUGAUUUACUUUUGGUAUUUGUCAUAUGCUGCACGCCUUGGGGUCUGGACGAGGACAAAAAAUAAUCACUUAUUCUGAUCCUGAAUUGAUAAUGCAAUAUAGACGCAACCAGUCUUCCGGCACGUAUUUACGCUUCCCCGAAACAAUGAGGAUGUCAGGGCCAGGAUUAGGGCCUUCGGAUUUCAAGCCACCUAUGGAUACUCCUACCCCACCCGCUCCAGCACCAAGCAAUCCCAAAAAGAGGAGAAAAACAUCAAAUGCAAAUAAUGCUUUAACUCCUCAACCGCCACCUACCGCUCAAGAUUUAUUACCACCACCACUAACUGGAUAUGGGGAUACUAUUGUGGCAUCUAAUCCUUUUGAUGAUUCCCCAUCAACGGUUUCACACAAUGGCCCAAUGAUGAGUCAAAAUGGUCCCAUGAUGAGCCAAAAUGGACCAAUGGGUAUGAUGGGCCCCAUGCACAACAUGGGUGGUCCACCUAUGAGGCACAUGAGUCCCCUUCCACAUAAUAUGAGUCCUAUGAAUCAACAAAUGCCCCCUAGAGGAGGAAUUAGUCCUAUGGGUAAUAUGAGCCCCAUGGGGCAUAUGGGUGGUAUGUCUCCAAUGGGAGGGCCAAAUAUGGGAAUGAGUAAUCAUAGUAUGGGGCCGGUGAUGGGACCAUCAAGAUCCAUGGGAAGUCCAAUGAGUCCAAUGAAUUCAAUGCCUAUGGGUUCUCCUAUGUCAUCUGGUCCAAUGGGAAGCCCUAUGAAUAUGGGUUCUAUGGCAGGCAGUCACAUGGGUAACAGUCCUAUGGGGCCACCGAUGCACAGUCCUCUCGGUGCUGGAUCAAUGAAUGGACCAAUGGGUGGAGGAGGGCCUGGUAUGAAUGUUUCAAGAAUGAAUGGACCAAUGGGACCUAACUGCUCAAAUGGUUCCAUGGGACCUACCAGUUCUAUAAUGUCACCAAGUCCAAUGCAAUCUGGAGGAAUGGGACCCACACACUGUGGUCCUAUGAGACAUGGCAGUCCAAUGGGGUCAGGAAUGGGAGGUGGACCAAUGGGCAACAAUGGACCCAUGACAUCAAUGGGCCCUGGACCUCCAUAUAACAGCAGCCACAUGGGUCAUGGAGGCCCAAUGAGUAUGGGAAACAGUGGUUCUAUGGGUAUGGGUCCAGGUCCAGGUAAUAUGGGUAACUGUGGGCCUCUAGGUGGCAUGAGUGGGAUGUCUAUGGGUGGUCCUGGAGGGCAAGGUCCAAUGGGCCAAAAUAUGGGCAUGUUUGGGCCUAAGCCUAUGCCAGUAAGUGCAGGAAAAGUAUAUCCUCCAGAUCAACCCAUGGUAUUUAACCCUCAGAACCCCAAUGCACCACCAAUAUAUCCUUGUGGAGUUUGCCAUAAAGAGGUACAUGAUAAUGAUCAAGCAAUAUUAUGUGAAUCAGGAUGCAACUUUUGGUUUCACAGAGGUUGUACGGGCUUAACGGAGCCAGCGUUUCAACUCUUGACAGCGGAAGUUUACGCAGAGUGGGUAUGUGACAAGUGUCUGCAUUCAAAAAAUAUACCAUUGGUAAAAUUUAAGCCAUAGCGAUUUGCCAAUGUAAACCCACCAGCCUUCCUGCCACUUAUAUGAGCCAGUGCUCGCAUCAUCACAAGGGACUAUUUUUACUCUAUGACAAAUUAAUUUUACGGAAUUGUUAUUCUUUUUCAAUAAUUUUGUUCAGUGCUUUAGAGUGAUAUGAAGUUGUAACUGAUCAUUAUAAUAGAGGUCACAGUCUUUCUUUCACAAUGCGGUUUGGGGGAAAUGUUUGCUUUAGUUCACUUUAGAUGACAUAGUAAAAGCUUAAAGGGGAAAAAGUACACCAUAAUGUUACCGCACCCUGUUUAUGAGUGGAACAACAAAUAUCUCCCAAAUUCCGCUUGUUGCCAGAUGGUGUCUCUCUUUCUUUAUAUGAUUAGUUACAUCGAUUUUGAAAUAAUAAAUUUUGUGAUUGUAAUAUUGUGUGAAACAAUGUGCAGACAGUCUGUAAUAGCUAGUCUGUUAUUUUUAUUUUCAUAAUUUAUUUAUUACCAAUCAAUUGAAUCAUAAGUUAUGCCAUGUGAAGUAUAACCUUAUGCCAUUAGAUUAAGGUUGACAUUUGUUUGUUUAAUGAACUGUCUAGUGUUGCUAGUUUAAAAUAAGGACACAGACUUUUUUAAUGCAGAAACAUUUUAUGUGUUUGACAAAUAUGCCCAUAGAAAUAUGUUUUAUUUUUACUUUUCAUGCCCGUGUUUAAUUUUUUGUUGUGUUUUUUUUUUGUGUCAGACAUAUCUGGUGAAGCAAUUUUCAAUAUAUUAGAUAAAAUUACUGGCAACGAAACAAAGCAAUAUGUAAUGUAACUUUCUCUGUUUUGAGCAUGUUGUGUAUUGCUUUAUGUUUUAUUUGUGCAUACUGUAAAUAUCUGUUAGUCAUAAAAUU